GUUGCAGUUACGUUUUUGGAGAGCAAGGAUACGGUUCGAAGAUGGCUGUUCGUUUAACCAGGAAUUCUCAGCUGGCGGCAGAGAAUCGAACUGCGGUGGGGGGGAAAGCGGCGAUGGCUACAAAACCCAGUCUAAGGCCGCGGGCUGUGCUGGGAGAGAUCGGAAAUAAAACCGCAGCUCCACGACAAGGCCUUAAAAAGGAAGCCAAGAUUGAAAUCCCUAAAGUCGUUCAGAGGAAACCGAGUAAAGUGGAGAAGGCCCCAGAGGUGCAGGUGCCCAAAAGAAAUGCAACCAAGAAAGUGGAAGAGCCAGUCCAGGUGUUGCCAGAGCCCACAUCUCCCACUCCUAUGGAGACAUCAGGCUGUGCCUCAGAUGAUCUGUGCCAGGCUUUUUCAGAUGUGCUGCUGAACAUCAAAGAUGUGGAUGCUGAUGACUAUGAUAACCCCAUGCUCUGCAGUGAAUAUGUCAAGGAUAUCUACCAAUAUCUACGCCAGCUUGAGGUUGACCAGGCAGUCAGACCAAAAUACCUGGAGCGGCAGGAAGUGACUGGAAAUAUGCGCGCUAUCCUCAUUGACUGGCUGGUCCAGGUUCAGAUGAAAUUCCGCUUGCUGCAGGAGACGAUGUACAUGACCGUAGGAAUCAUUGACCGUUUCCUUCAGGAUCACCCUGUACCCAAAAAGCAGCUCCAGCUAGUUGGCGUGACGGCCAUGUUCAUCGCCUCCAAGUAUGAAGAGAUGUAUCCACCAGAAAUCGCAGACUUUGCCUUUGUCACGGACCGUGCGUACACCACAGCUCAGAUCCGAGACAUGGAGAUGAAGAUCCUGAGGGUGCUGAAGUUCAGCUUUGGCCGACCUCUCCCCCUCCAGUUCCUGAGACGGGCCUCAAAAAUUGGCGAGGUGACUGCAGAAUAUCAUACCCUGGCAAAGUACUUCAUGGAGCUCACCAUGGUGGACUAUGACAUGGUCCACUUCCCACCCUCUCAGGUGGCCUGUGCUGCUUUCGCUCUCACACUGAAGGUUUUCAACAGUGGUGAAUGGACUCCUACGCUCCAGCAUUACAUGAACUACGCAGAGAGCAGCCUGAUCCCUGUGAUGCAGCACAUUGCCAAAAAUGUUGUAAAGGUCAAUGAAGGGCUUACAAAGCACAUGGCGGUCAAGAACAAAUACGCAAGCCAGAAGCAGAUGAGAAUCAGCAAUCUCUCCCAGCUGAAGUCAUGCCUCAUCAAGGACCUGGCAGCGCAAGCAUCUUGAGAUGCGUUCACUGAGCACCAUGUGCUUUUAUUGUAUAAAAUGUGUGCAUGCUUUUUAACUUUUUAAAUAAAGAUUUUACUAGUCACCAGAAUACUGACUUCUAAAUCUUCUA